CCGCUCAGGAUACACGGUAGUUCAAAAAGGGAUAGAAGGGCAACUGAUCGUGUGACGAGGCAACCCCAAAUCACUUCCGUCACACUCAACCCAUCGGAGCAAGCAAUGUGUGGUCAACGCUGCUUGUACUGCCAUCGCUCAACUUGUUGCUUUUGCCCUUGCUCGCAAACCGGGCUCCCUCCGUCUGGACUGCCGUGUACUACUGUAUGUAGUGCGCCUCUUGCGCGUCUGAUUUCGUCACCGCUUUCUGCCGCCCAAACCUGAUUCGGCAGCGAUAUAAGGGGUCCUCCCCUUUCCCCUUGACCAGUUUUCUCAAAGUGUCACUAUUACGAAUACUGGGUAUUGUCGGUAUUAUUUUUAGAUCCGCCGUUUGUGGAAUCUCCUACCGCUCGCAACACGUACUCCAAAAUUGAAAUCGACACCUUGACGGCAGACACACGCGUACCAUAGAUAACCCUGUAUUAACCCUUUUCUCGGACCGUACCGAGGUCUCGGUUACAAUGGUUAUCAGCGGUGAAAAUGGAAUUCAUCGCAAUGGCGAGGUGAACGGGGACAAGCACCGCAUUCGCUAUAUUCCCCUCUCCUACGAUAGUGCCAACUCGCAGGAAUCCGCGCUUCAGCUGGUGCUGUCCAUCCGCCCGGACUGGAAGCUGCCCGGCUCGAACGUUGAGUUUGUGCGCUUCACCGAUGGCAUCACCAACACCCUGCUAAAAGCGGUUAACAAACGCCCCGAGCUGUCCAAGGAUGCGAUCGACAGGGAGGCCAUUCUACUCCGAGCUUACGGCCACGGUACCGACCUCAUUAUCGACCGCCACCGCGAGACACAGAAUCAUGAGCUGCUCACGAGGUACGGACUGGCGCCGGAACUUCUUGCGCGCUUCGAGAAUGGCAUGAUGUACCGCUUCAUCCGGGGCGUUGUCACCCACCCGGACGAUUUGCGGAAGGCCGAUAUCUACAAGGCCGUGGCGCGCCGACUGGCGGAGUGGCACGCUGUUGUUCCCUGCAUAACGGGCCACACGGGACACAGCCGCAAGAACUCAAAGGUGGAUGGGCUUUCCAAUCCGGCGCUGGAUGGCAACUUUGGGGAUGCAGAGUUUCAGCAGGCUAUUGACAGCGUCGCACCCGGAAAGCCUCCGCCGAAUGUCUGGACAGUCAUGCAGAAGUGGAUAUUUGCCCUGCCGACCGAUACGGAGGCUCAAAGGGCGCGGCAGGCGGCGCUGCAGCAGGAGCUAAAAACACUCGUUUCUGAGCUGAGCCAACGGCCGGGCCUGGGUGUGAAUGGGCUUGUCUUUGCGCACUGCGACCUUCUCAGCGGCAACGUGAUCGUGCUGCCCAAGACCGAAAAGAGCGCCGAGACGACAGUGACCUUCAUCGAUUACGAAUACGCCACCCCGUCACCUGCAGCUUUCGACAUCGCAAACCACUUCGCCGAAUGGGGUGGCUUCGACUGCGAUUUCAGCGUCCUGCCGACGCGUGCACAACGCCGCGAGUUCAUCACCGAAUACGUCGACUCAUACUUGAAGUUCCUCGAGAAGAAGCGGCCAGGUGCGGCCGCUGCCGUCGACAAAGCCGCCGAAGUCGAGAAGCUGCUCGCCGAGGUGGACCAUUUUAGGGGCGUACCCGGCUUCUACUGGGGCAUCUGGGCGCUCAUCCAGGCGACCAUCUCCCAGAUAGAGUUCGACUACUCCUCGUACGCCGAGACGAGGCUGGGGGAGUACUACGCCUGGCGAGAUGAGGUGACUGGAGAACGGGCGAAGUCUGGGAAGGAGAUGCCGCUGCGGGAGAGGAGAUGGGCUCAAGAUGAGUAGAGUGGUCUUGGCCGUCGCCGGCCUAAAAAGCACUUGUUUUUGUACUCUGGGGAGUUCCUGGUCAGGCUUGCUAGGGCGUUCAUUCAACAUGGCUAUAGCGUAUAUGCUGUUUACGGAGUUCAGGGGUAACGAAAGGUUACUGCUAAAUUGGGGUUAUUAGAAGGGCCAGAAAUAAAACGGCGUGAGUAUGGGAAAUAUAAGACUAUAAUUUUUCAACAAACCUGCCGGUCUCAAUUUCGAAAUAGCGGCGCCUCCUGCUCGAAUCCCCC